AUCGAAACUGAAGUCAAAGCAAGGCUAGCCAGGGAAGCAUUUCUUUGGUGAUUAACUUUGGUCAUUCUUGUUCUGUAAUGAAAGUAACCGAAGCAGCUUUCUGCAUUUACAAAGUGAUUAACCGGAUGAGGUCACGUUCCUCUUUUUCCUUGCUCUUAUUCUGAAGCUCUCCUAGAAUCAGACCAACGACGUGUCUUUCCUAAAAUAAUGGCAUGUCAGUUUUUGCCAUUAUUAGUUCCUAAUUGGACUGAACAAAUUAAAGGGUUUUUUUUUGUUUGUUUUUUUACAUGUUUGACCAAGAUUGAGAUGCUAUGGGUGUUUUCAAAUGUGCUGUACUGGUGCAGAGUUAUUAAAUAAAUUCGUAAUUCAGUACAUUUAUGUCUGUGUUUCAAAAGAAAAAAAAGAGAUUGAAGUCAAUUUGGCACUGUUUUUCUGUAUGGAAUCCACAUCGGCCAGUUCUAACCAUCAGGCAUCGGAAGUGAAAUGAAGUAGAUUGGUGCGUCCCUAGUGUCUAGUAUGCACUCUGGCAAUCUGAUCCCAAGGCUUUGAUGCAGGCAGCGUAAAGUUGCAUACGUUUUAGCACGACACUCUUGAACGUGAAGGUUUUCAAAUAUCAGCUCUGUUGAGGUCUUGGCUUUAACUGGGUCGUUUGAACAAGUUUUUCUUGCAGUUUUAUUUGAAGUUGGCUGUUCUACGACCUCAUUGUCAUCCUGUCGAGAUCUUUUACGUGACACUACGUAGAAUACUGUAUGAACGCGGUAUGAAGAGCAGAUCAUUGUAGAUUUGAUUACUGCAUGUUGCCAGGAUACUGGUGUUGUAAAACCAACCCAAAUUAUUCACCUUUACCACCAUGUUUGACAGUUGAGCUGGACAUGCUGAUUUGCCAGUUGCUUGUCUUUUUUGUCAAGCAUUUGCAUUGAAUCAGGCUAGCAGAUUCUCGUAUGCUACUCUUUCUGCUAUUUCUUUAAACAAUAGCGUGCAUGAGACGGAUAAAACUCCAAUAUUUUACAAAAUGAACGUGCAAGAUUUCAACUGGAUCUUUUAAAUUAAACAUUUCAAAAAGGAUAACUUUUAGAAAUUUGAAAUGCCGGCUGAAAUACUGGCAACAUCUAAGAGUGAUUGGUGCAACUUUAAAUUAGAUUCGUCGAAAAUAUGAAGGUCUAUCCAUUUGUUUUACAUAUAAACUGCAAAACCUUUUCCUUCCAGAAUAAAGUUAGUAGAACUGCUACUGCGAAGCCUUCCGCCCAGCCGGUCAGCACCUGCUCCUUCGAUUCGCUGUCACCUGAGGAGCUUCUGGUCUUUGACUCACUAAAAGACGUCAUUUUUUGGCCUGAAACGCCGUCCUUAAAGUCGGACUCUUCGCUGAAUGACACCAGUGACCCCAGGCGCAGCAGCUUCACCAUUCUCCCAAGGAGCGGAGGGGGAAGCUGGCGAGUGGGUGACCAGCUGCAGGUUUCCAUAAGAAUCAGAGACUUCCACGGCCGUCCCAAGAAGUCUGGAGGAGACGUUCUGCUGGCUCGGCUUCACAACAGUACUUUUCACGCUGGGGUGGCAGGGCAUGUGGUGGACCAUCGCAAUGGCUCCUACUCUGCGUUUUUUUCAUUGCUCUGGGAAGGACAAGCACAAGUUGAGGUAGUCCUAGUUCAUCCCAGCGAGGCAGUCACAGUGCUGCAAAAAUUGACCGAGGAGCAGCCUGACAGAAUCUAUUUUAAUAGUCUGUUUUGGUCAGGCUCGGUCAGUGAAACCACCACUUGUAACGUGUGCCUUACCGGAACCCAGCAGAACAUCUGCGACUACUCUGACCUCAGGACAGGUGAGCCGUGGUUCUGCUACAAGCCACACAAAUUGGAUUGUGAUGCCAGGAUCAGCCACGCCAGAGGAGGAUUCAGACAAAACCUCAAGCCCACAGAGGAGAAGCUCUUUCAGUGUGAUGUCAAUAUGAAAGUCUCCAUUCCAGCUUCAGGACCUGAAAACAUCGACGUUUUACCAAAUCCAAAAGUUCAGAAGAUCAGCGUCCCUAUUUAUAAACAGGGAAACAAAAGGACUUUCAAGACCCGCCCCUCUGGUUAUUACUACAAGGGCGCAUGGCAAGCACUAGAUGGCACCAGAGUACAUCAGUUUAACUCCAAUGCAAUCAGCCAGUGUCUGAAAGGCAAAGCUGUUCUCUUCUAUGGGGACUCCACUGUGAGGCAGUGGUAUGAAUAUUUAACCAACUCGCUACCAGAUCUCAAGGAGUUUGACCUUCAAACCUCAAAGCAAAGUGGGCCUUUAAUGGCGCUGGAUUAUGUGAACAAAAUUCUAGUGACGUUCCGCAGCCACGGCCCUCCCAUCCGUUUUGCCAGCUCGUCCGUCAGCCAGCUACAAUACGUUGCCAAUGAACUGGACAGAGUGAUUGGAGGCAGCAACACCGUUGUGGUUAUCGGCGUCUGGUCUCACUUCAGCACUUUCCCCGUCGAGGUCUACGUCAGGCGUCUGCUGAACAUUCGGAAAGCGGUGGCGAGACUUCUGAACAGGGCUCCGGGUACCACUGUCGUCGUCCGGACUGCGAACCCAAAAGAGAUGACGCUUUAUGAGAGUUUGACUAACAGCGACUGGUUUUCGCUGCAGCGGGAUAAGAUACUGAGGGAAAUAUUCAGAGGAACGAAAGUCCAACUGGUUGAUGCUUGGGAGAUGAUCCUGGCCCAUCACCUUCCGCACAAACUCCAUCCAGACUCUGACAUACUCAAGAAUAUGGUUGAUGUUCUUUUAUCUUUUGCAUGUCCUUUAGCUGACAUACAGCUAUAGAACUUUUCUUCCGUUUCUAUUUCUCAAGAUUCUAGAGAAAAGUAGAAAUGGAUUUUAGGCGAUAGAGAUUGGAAUUGGGGAAAAUAUUGGCGCCAUAUUGCCACAAUUGUUUCAGAACAGACCAUUCGGUUGUUCUGAAACAAUCGAAUGGUCUGUUACUGAUCAAAACAAAAACGAACAAAAGUGUGAUUCCUCUACAGUCGCUUUUUCAGACUGAGGACCACCGAACCUCUUUGACGCAACAGUUAUUGUUUUGUUUUUGUUUAGAAAUAAUCCCACCAGAUUUCAUUCUGAUACAGCUAGCAGCCUUCGCUAAAGCAACAUUAGCGUAUUAGCAUAUGUUGGUUGAGAAAAUGACUGAACUGUUGUCUCUUACGACACUGUGGAGGUCAAUGUGAGUGAAUUUGUACUCGUGUCGCACAGAAAUGACCAGUUUCAGUCUAAACAAAGUGCUAGUAUAAGAAACUGGGAGAAUUUUGGCUAGCCUUUAGCCUUUAGCCUUCCACUGUAAUGAUUUCUCGUUUUUACAAUCUCGCAUGUCUACAGGUUAACACAGUAUUACAGGUAUCUGCAAAAUCUUAGUCAAAAGGUUUCUACCUCAUGAUACAAUAGUAUUGAAGUGACAUAUUCAUAAUCCCCAAUGCAUGUUGAAUUCUGCUGUUAUCAAUAUAUAUUGCAUCGGAACGCCCUAACACCAAUGUUAGGGUGUGUAAACUUCUGAAGUUGAAGAAAAAAAGCAACAAAAAAACUCAAAUAAAUCUGGCACUUAGCAAAAAUAAAUAAUUUUGUGAAUGUCAACUGAAUUUAAAGGAAGAUUGUAACCUAAUUUAAUAUGAGUAGGAAACAAGAUUGUCUGUCAAUGCAACGUAAUAUGAGCAGCAAAUUCUUACUUCUAAGAAAAUGAGUUGUUGCUAAGAUAUUGCCUUGAAUUAAACAACUAUUGUCUGGUUUAUAAAAGAACUGCAGGACAGACAUUCAGGCUACAUGGCACACAGUUUCCCAGUACUGGAAGUAAGUGACUCCAUUGAUGGUUUGUCUACAUUGCAGAGAGUAAUAAGAUAAAACCUGCUUGGAACUGGAUAAGUUGCUCAGACACAUUAGAACUGACUGAACAGUGCUUUAAGUAAAGUUAUUGUGAGGAUGUGCAUUUUUGUAUGUCUUUCUAGUUAAUUUAGUUCCUGUCGUCUUGUCUGCCUCCUGGUUGCCCUCACCUGUCUCCUGUUCCCCUGAUUACUCCCCUGUGUAUUUAACCCCACCUGUGUCACCUGCUCCCCGUCGGAUCCUUGCCGUGUGUCAUUUAUCAUCGCUCCCUUGUUCCAGCGCUACCAGUGUUUGAGUUCCUUCCUCUUAGUUCAUCUGUGUUGCCUGGAUUUCUGUUCACCUUUUAGUUCACCAAUUAAACCAUCCUUACUGCACUUCAA